UGAAUUCGGACUAGAAUCACACAAACCUUACAUUAUGUAAAUACCAGAUAGAUUGUCCCAAGGUUUAACAAUAUCUCCUGCGCUACUUGCUUGACUUUGAGGUGGGGAAUUUUGUAGAAUCUCUCAGGAUCUUUUAAAGGCAUGAAUAUAACAUACCUCUACUGUGGGAACAAGAGAGUCAAAGGUAGAAGAUAUGUAUUCAACGCUUCUGCACACAAAGAGAUAUUGAGGGACUGCUCAUGGUAAGGAAAGAUUGUGGAUACUAUCGGAUGAUAUAAUAGCUUUGGAAAAGGAUUUAGGAUCUUUGAUAUAAUUGCAGAGCGCGAAGCGCUCCGCAAUCAAAAUCGUAAGCUAGAUUCAAUAAAGGGAAAAUAAUUUUUCCACGUGGCCGUUCCCUAUAGUGAACUUACCCCUCGUCUAGAUAACAUCCAUGUGUAUCCUAGAUUGAUUCCCCACUCAGCAAUAAAGGCUGUUAGCUACUUAUUUAUCCACAAAAUGGCAUCCGAAAUGCAGAACUCGAAUCCCACAAUAUUGAAUGCUGCCGAUCUUCCAACACGCUUGCGGCCCGCACUGUCUCGCAAACCCGGUAUCCUUGAGAGUGGUCUCUUCGCACCCGCUUUUCUUUCUGCGGAUGCGAGCGAAAUUCUCAUAGAUGAGUUUACUUCAUCUUCAUCUUCAGAAAGUGAUGAUGAUCUGUUGGAAGAGCCGAUAGAUGAACAAGAAAUCUACGAUCUUGUGUCGACUAUAUCUGAUCCGGAGCAUCCGAUAUCGUUGGGAGCUCUAGCGGUUGUGUCUCUUCCUGAUAUUUCUAUUACACCAACUCUCUCAUAUGUACCAGCUUCGCCCCUUCGAACAGUUACUGUCCUCAUCACCCCUACUAUCACGCACUGUAGCCUCGCCACAGUCAUAGGUCUCGGUGUACGUGUUCGGCUUGAGCAAUCUCUUCCUCCCCGCUUUCGUGUGGAUGUGCGAAUCAAAGAAGGGACACACAGCACUGCUGAUGAAGUUAACAAGCAGCUGGCGGACAAAGAACGAGUGGCCGCCGCUUUGGAAAAUGGAACACUAAUGGGCGUUAUCGCGAAGAUGCUAGAGACAUGCCAGUGAACUCGAACUAUAUGGCAGGCUAAAAAGUAGCGCUCUUGUGCGCUCAUAAAUAUAAAUGACUUGGCACUGCCUUCAUAAGGAU